CUGUGGCUGGCAGCGCGAGAGCUCUCGCACACACUAUAAAUACAGGCGAGGCUGCUGCUGGGAGAUUUAAAUGACAAACGAUCCUCAGACGAAUAAAUUGGAUUAAAUAUUUUACGCCUAAACUGGACUGUUUGCUAUCUCAAACGAUGGAACGCAAAACUGUAAUGUUUUCGGCACUUUUUCUUGUCUGGCUUACGCUCGUAAACGGAUCCCCGGCAUCUUUGGAAAUGGGCAAACUUACCAAAGCAACAAAUGUUUCAUGGUCAUCUUACAAUUUCAAAACAAUCCUAACAUGGGGACCUAAGCCUGUCAACUACACAUAUACAGUUGAAUUUUCAAGAGUUGGUAGGGACAAAGUGAGAAACCCUCACUGCAUCAGAAGCUCCGAGACCGAGUGUGACCUGACUAAUGAACUUGAACUAAAGGGGGUUUAUUCUGCUGAUGUCCUCUCCGAGUCUCCACUGGGGUCUUCUGACUAUGUGGAGCCCCCUUACACCAGAUCAAAGACGUUCUGUCCUUAUAAUGACACUAUAAUUGGAAGACCUGAGUUUAAGUUGAAAGUGAAUGAGAACAAUAAGAUUAUGCUGAUCAUACAAGACCCCAUCACAGCUUUGCACAAAGAUGGCAGAUCUCUGAACAUCCGUGACGUUUUUAAGAAAAAUCUCAAGUAUAAGAUUGCGUACAACAAGGCUGGAAGCACAGGAAAAAAAAUGCGAACUGCGGAUGAGAGCAAAGCCGAGUUUAAUACUUUAGAUGAGGAUCAGAGUUACUGCUUCACCGUGGCGGCAUACUUCCCCUCUCGUAAAGGAGACAAGAGGGUCGGAGAGUGGAGCCUCCCUAAGUGCUCACCACAGGAGCACAAGACCCUGAUUGAGGUGUAUGGAUUGGCUGUGAUUGGAGGAGGAGCGCUCCUUAUACUGGCUUUUGUAAUUGCUGUAAUCGUUCUGAUCGUGGUUUGCUGUAAACGAGCACGAAGACAAACAUCGAUGGCCAAGGAGAUAAAGGAAUACAACAUUUCUGAUGUUUGAGCUCCGAACGGGAGGUACAGCUGGACUGUAACCAUUUUCGCGCUGAGCAAAACCUGUGUGUG